AUGACAAACAAUAAAACGCAUUGUUUUACAUGUAAUAAAGAUAAGAUAACAUAUCCUUGUGAAGGAUGUUCGAAAAACUUUUGUUUAAUGGAUUUAACAAAACAUCGUCAAAUACUAAAUGAAGAAUUACAUCAUAUUAUUAAUGAUUAUAAUCAAUUUAAACAAAGAUUUAAUGAACAAAAACCGAGCUCACAUGAUCUUUCUUUAAUAGAUCAAGUUAAUCAAUGGAGAAGAAAUUCAAUUGACAAAAUUCGACAAAAAGCAAAAGACUGCAUAGAAAUCAUCGUUAAAUCUUCACAAACAUUUUUGAAUGAUACUGAAAAAAGAUUUAAUGAUUUAAGUGAACAAAUAAAACAACUUCAGAGAGAAAAUGAAUUUAAUGAGAUUAAUUUAAAUUAUUUAAGAAAUCAAUUAAUAAAAAUGAGAGAAGAAUUAAAUAAUCCACCAAAGACUUCUAUUAUACAAGAUUGUCAACCGUUUAUUAAUGAAAUUUCAAUUAUUGCAUUAGAAAAAAAACCAAAAUGGGAUAAAUGGAAACAAAAUGCCAUCACUGUGGCUGGUGGAAAUGGAAAAGCACAAGAAUUAAGUCAACUCAAUAGCCCUCGUGGAAUCUUUAUUGAUGAUAACAAAAAUAUUUUUAUUGCUGAUCAUGAUAAUCAUCAUAUUGUUGAAUGGAAAUGUAAUGCAAAAGAAGGACAAAUCAUUGCCGGUGAAAAUAAAGAAGGAAAUCGAAUGAAUCAAUUGAAUCGACCAACAGAUGUGAUUGUAGAUCAACAAAAUCAUUCGAUCAUCAUUGCUGAUAAAGGGAACAGACGAGUGAUUCAAUGGGUGAAUCAAAAUCAACAAAUUCUCAUUGACAAUAUUCAUUGUCAUGGCUUGGCAAUAGAUAAAUAUGGAUUUCUUUAUGUUUCAGAUUGGAUGAAGAAUAAAGUCAGACGAUGGAAAAUGGGUGAAUACAACAACCAAGGAAUUGUAGUUGCAGGUGGAAAUGAAAGAGGAAAUCAACUCAAUCAACUUAAUUCCCCAGGUUUUAUCUUUGUUGAUGAAGAUCAAUCUGUUUAUGUAUCAGAUCAAAACAAUCAUCGUGUGAUGAAAUGGAGGAAAGAUGCAAAAGAAGGAAUAGUUGUGGCUGGAGGAAAUGGUGAAGGAGGAAAUUUCAAUCAAUUAUCGUCACCUGCAGGAGUAACUGUUAAUGAUAUGGGUCAAAUUUAUGUGGCAGAUUUUUGGAAUCAUCGAGUAAUUCGUUGGUGUGGAGGAAAAGUUGAAGGUGAAAUUGUUGUUGGUGGAAAUGGUUAUGAAAAUCAAUCAAAUCAACUGUAUGGCCCCAGUGGACAUGAUCAAUGGCUUGAAUUUGAUUUGGAACAUCCAUCAACUGUAACAUCAUUGAUAACAAAAGGUCGACGUGAUACAAGUCAAGAGCAAUGGGUUACAAAACAUCCAAUAUCAUUUUCUAAUGAUUCUCGUCUAUGGGUUUAUGAUAAAGAUAAAUUAUAA